AUGACUGAAGCCGAAAUUGACAAAUCUCACCUUCCAAGCGUCCACAACGUGUGCCAGUGUUUCUCUGUGCUGGAGGAUGGAGCAUUAGCUCAUAGUCUACAGGAACAAGAGAUUGAACAAUACUAUAGUGCAAAUGUACAGAAGAACCAGGUGGUACACAGUGACCUUCGUCUGGCCAGGAGGCUGCAGGACGAAGAGGAGCAUCAGGCCCAACUCUGUCAGGACCUUCAACAGCUGGUGGAGCAGGAUUAUGAAUAUGCACGGAUGAUUCAGACGGAGAUUCAGAGACAGUCGGAUGAGGCUCGGCGGAGGGAGGCGGAGGAUGAGGAAAUGGCAAAACAAUUACAGAGAGAGGAAGAGAUGGAAAUCAGGCAACAAAGGAGUAAUGCUUGUUGCCAUGACAAUGCCGAUGAGUCUGCGCUCAGUGAGGGGAAGGCACUGCUGCAUUUAGGGGUCUUGCAGCAGGUGCUGGAAGAUGCUGAACUUGCCCGUAGGCUGCAAGAAGAGGAGAACAGGAAACCACAGAGGAAGAGUCCUGGCCCACCACUGGACUUCAGGGCAGCUCAGGUGGCGCAAGAUGAGGAGAUUGCUCGCUUCAUGCAGCGCCAGGAGAAAAAAGCCCACCACAGAUCACGACAUGUGGAGGUUCAGGGGAGGACUGAUAAACAGCAAGACGAAGAAGGAGAUGCCAAUCGCAGAAAGAUGCUGCAGAUUCCAAGGGAGAGACUAAACUCUGAGGGUCUUCACUCUCCAGUUGAGGAGGACAACUCCCAAGAGCAUCAUCCCCCAAACCAGGGAUGGACUCAUACACUGCAUGAGGGGCCCAUACAUAAUAUUGCUGAGGAGCUGGACCCAACAUUUAAAGCCAGGAAAAGGGAGAGUCAGUUAAUGGGUAACUCAAGCUCAGGUCUGUGCCUGGCCGCUCGUGCCCCGCAUUCAAUUUUCUAUGACUACCUGCCGGAGCCAGCCUUCAUCCCACCAACCAAACGCCAGAAUGACCGAUCAACCCGCCCCAAAACCAAAGAGAAGAGAGAGAGCUGCAAACAACAAUGA